UCCAAGUAUCCUUAGGGUCAUGCUGUGCAGAUAUAGCUGAGUGACUUUGACUUUCUCAGUGACUGCGUAAAAAAUUGUGAUUGUUUCGGCGAGAAUUCCAUCGGCUGAUGUGGAACAAUGACCGAGGUGAUGCUGGCAGGGAUAUUCUGAAGGAAAGGCAGGCAGCUGUAGAGGGAUGCGCACACGCCUUGAUUGCGAUGUGUGUGCAUUGGUUCGAGAUACAAGGAUGCAAGAAGAGCGACUGCAUCCACUGACUGCGAACGCGACCUCAGGCAUCAGCGAGCAGUUCCAUGUCAGCCUGUGGUCUGUUCUGGAGUGUGUGACUGCCCCCUGCUGACCGGAGGAGCUGUGUCCUGCUGGAAGCUCCACUAUGAACAAUAAGGAGAGUCCGACGGAGCGUGAUGAGAGAGCCAGUCGCCGUCCUGAUAGUAAGAGCCAGAUGAAGGUUUUUCUGCCCAAGAAGCUUCUGGAAUGCCUUCCCUGCAGCUCUGUGCUGCCCAAAGAGAGACUGCAAUGGAACACGAAUGAGGAAAUCGCGUCCUACCUGAUCUCCUUCGACAGGCAUGAGGAAUGGCUCUCCUGCACGCUCAAGGCCAGGCCCAUCAAUGGAUCCAUGAUACUUUACAACAGGAAGAAAGUGAAGUACCGGAAGGACGGGUAUUGCUGGAAGAAGAGGAAAGACGGGAAGACGACAAGAGAAGAUCAUAUGAAACUGAAGGUGCAUGGCAUUGAGUGUCUGUACGGUUGCUACGUCCAUUCCUCCGUAGUCCCCACAUUCCACAGGAGGUGCUACUGGCUGCUUCAGAACCCGGACAUCGUGCUGGUGCACUACCUGAAUGUGCUCUCACUGGAGGAUUGUGGGACAACUUUGCCCUGCUCGCCUGCGGACUGGCGGGACAGUCCGCGCUGGACCCAGCAAGAGCUGCUUUCUCAGCUCAAACCCAUGUUCCACAGUGUCAGGUGGCCCUGCAGUGACAGAAGUAGGCCUAGCGAGGUCUCCGUCGAGCGGCUGGCACAGAGCAUCCUGAACAGUCAGCAGACCAAACCCAAACCCCGCACUCAUGCCUGCCUCUGCAGCCCCGCGACGGCGGGGGCUAACAUUCCUCACUGCUGCAACGGCACCAAGCACCGCAUCAUCUCCCCAAAGCUUCCAGCCCGACCCGCCACCCACCCAGGCCCGACAGACGUCCAGAACCUGGGUUCAGGGGGAAGCCCAGAGAGCGGAGGCAAGAGGGGGGCAAGUCGUGGCAUAGAGGAAGGUAUAAAGCGCUCCACGCCUGCUCCCCAGGUGGGGGGUGUCCGGAGUCUGCCGGCGAAGGUGGGGCUUACCGCUAGCCCCCCCAUGCCCCGGACUGCUGCCUCCCUAAACCUCGGUAGGAACCAUGGCAGUGGUGUUUCUAGUAACCAUGGCGAUUUAGCCGCCGUGGGCGUGCCUCAGAGUGCGGUGAUCGUCAUGACAACUAUCAGAAGCAGGGACGACCCCAAGGGCGAGCCCGCCUUCCGUGGUCCUGGUGGUGUCCCUUCCAAACUGCCACUCACCUCCUCUGCUCACCUGCUGCUCCCCUCUAACUCCCCUCCCCGGGAAGUCGCCUCCCCAUCUCUCACCUCCUCCAAAUCCUCUGCAUCAUCCCCUGUAAAUCGCCUCCCCGUCCCAGUGGGAGGCGCUGGUGCGCCUGGAUGGCCCCCUCCCUCGCAGUCCAUUUCCCCCACCCCAGGGGUGGCCACACUCAGCCUGACGCUGCUGCCCAGCCCCGUGAUCAGGGGCCUCGUCUUGAGUAACAGGCUGAUAUCAGGGUCUGACUCCCCUGGCUCCGCCCUGCCUCCUCCAACCUCCUCACCAUCCCACUCAUGUCCUCCCCAGAAGUUCCCUCCUCCACCUGCAGCUCCUCCUCUUCCACCUCCCACACCUCUGCUUUUUGAUCCCGACUCCUUUCUCAACAGCCCCCAGCGAGGGCAGACAUACGGGGGCCCCUCCCAGGCUGUUGGCCUUUCCCUUCCUCUUUCUCAGCCUAUGAAUACCUCCUGCUCCUCCGACUCCCUCUCCCCCUCCUCCUCUGUGUCCUCCCUGUCCCCCUCUUCUGCCCUGUCCUCCCUCUCAUCGGAAACAGAAAGCAGGAGAAACUCGCCGCCUGGGCCUUGUUCCCGGGCCACCCCCUCCGGUUCCUCUCCUCUCUCCGCUUCCCUGGCUCUCCCUCUGUCCCCUUCCACACCCUCUCUCCUGCCACUAUGCCUGGACUCUGCCCUGGGACUGGACACCUUGGAUGUGCUGGCAUCCAGUGAUAUAGAGGGAGACGACCACCAGCAGGGGACCCUGCCGGCCAUACGGCCCCCUCUCUCCCUGAAGAGCAUGGGUCUACCAUGCCUCCGCCCUCCUUCUGGACUCAUCCCAAGCCCUGUGAUUGGCCAGCUGCCGUCACUUGAUCCGGACUCCGCCUUUCUGCGGCCGGCAUUGACCUGGCAUGCAGAGGGAACCCCGCAGCACCUCUGGCUGCGCCGCAUCUUGUCUGGAAACUCGGUACAAGACCGUCAACACUCACCAUGGCAACCGCAGCUGAGUCGUGCCCCGGAGCCGAGCCUCGCACACUCUUCUCCGUCUCCAGCAUCACUCCAGUCCGAGUGCCAUGUGCUAGAGGAGAGCCGCAAGGGUAGGGCGUCCCCAAGCCCUUGUGCGCCAGUGAAAGGGAAGCACUCUUCCUCCUCCUCCUCCUCCCCCAGCCUUGAUCGCCACAAGGCAGAGGAGACCCUGAUGGAUACCACCAGCUGUGUGGAGAGUAGCGACACCCAUGCAUUAGAGGGCCAGGAUGUUUUGGCCGCACUCACCGUUCUGGAAGGUUGCAACACUGAGCUUCCCUUCAACAGCCACUUCCCAGACCUGAUUUCUCCACUGGUGGGUGCGGACAGAUUGCAUGAUGGGGAGCCAGACAGGGCCGGCCCCGUGUACUCGUGCCCCCCACCUCCCCGCCCGGCUGUCUCCCUUUUGCCCUUGCAUUCCCGGGUGUCCCCAGGGGCGGAAGCAAGAUGCCUCAGCACCAUUACAGACUUCUCUCCUGAGUGGUCCUACCCGGAGGGUGGAGUCAAGGUGUUGAUAACGGGGCCGUGGACGGAAACGACAGGACGGUAUUCCUGCGUGUUUGACCAGAGUGCCGUGCCCGCAUCUCUCAUCCAGCCAGGAGUGCUGCGCUGCUACUGUCCAACUCACGAGGCCGGGCUGGUCACACUGCACGUCCUGCAGGACAGGGACAUGCUCUCAUCCUCUGUGCUGUUUGAAUAUCGCGCCCGCAGCGUCUCCUCUCAGCCCAGCUCGCAGCCGGACUGGCUUUCCCUGGAUGAUAACCAGUUCCGCAUGUCCAUCCUGGAGCGCCUGGAGCAGAUGGAGAAGAGGAUGGCGGAGAUGACGACCGCUGGCUGCCGGCAACAGACCCAAGGGGGCCCCCAGGGGGGCUCCCAAAGGAACCCAAUGCCCCCAGACCCCGGGGAGAGGACUGGGGCAGCCACUGGGGUAGGGGAGCAGACCCGGGCACAGUCAGGGUCCUGUUUUGAGCAGAGGAUUGUGGGAGUAUGUGAGAGGAUGAUGGCAGGGGGCCGCAGGGGUGGGGGCAGCGAGAAGCUGCUUCAUUCAGUGCGACACCGUGGGAUGACCCUGCUUCACCUCGCUGCUGCCCAAGGAUAUACCCAGCUCAUUCACACCCUCAUACACUGGAGGAGUGUGAACUCAGACAGUCUGCACCUGGAGCAGGAGGUGGAUCCCCUUAAUGUAGACCACUUCUCCUGCACACCCCUGAUGUGGGCUUGCGCUCUUGGCCACCAGGGGGCAGCAGUCCUCCUGUAUCGCUGGAACAGUCUGGCGCUGGGCAUCGCGGACUCCUUGGGGAGGCUGCCCCUGGCUGUGGCGCGCUCUCGGGGCCACACCCGCCUUGCCAGCUGCCUGGAGGAGCUUCACUCGCAGGUCAGGGAGACCGCAGACCCUGCCCAGGAACCCGGGCCCAACUGGAACCACACCAACACGCAGGCCCAGCUGCCCCUGCCAGCGCUUCCCCCCUCCCCCCUGUCAACCAGCCCUGACACCGGUCUCAGUUCCUCCAGCAGCCUUGCAUCCCCCAGCGACCCCCCCUCACUGUCCCCAAGCUCCGCCUACUCCAGCGGCUCCGUGCCCCAGAGCUCUCCCCUCCACAACUCACCUGACCCCAUGGAUACCUUGGACGCCUCUCAGCCCACCCCCUCGUCCCCUGCCACACCCCUCGCCCCGCCCAUGUGGGGGGACGCCUACGAAGCCAGUCGGGCUAGAGAGAGUGCCCCCCCAAUGGAGUACGAACUGGCCCGCACCCCGUCCCCACCGGCAAACCCCCAGAACAGCCGACACUCUCGCUUUGAGGCGGAGCUGCUCAGCUACAGCGAGAACGCAGAGAACGAGGACUAUGUGGAGAACCUGCAGGUUGACAUGGCGAUGCUGGCGGAGCAGAUAAUCGAGGCCACGCCUGAGCGAAUCAAACAGGAAGAGGCUCCUCGGGGGGCGGAGUCUCCACUGAGGGAAAGGAGGGACAACCCCGCCAUCCAUGACACCCUGCCCUGGCUGGCCACCUACCUGGACACAGUGGACAACAUGCCAGUCCCUCCCCGGUGUGUGUGCUGCAAGGCCCCUGUCUCGCGGCCCCCACAGCCCCCGUCGCCCCUGGGCUCCCUGGCCCUCCAGCACCUGCGCCCCCUCAGCAGUGCCACCUGGGCGGAGUUCCUGAACGCCUCGAGCAGCGGGCGCAUGGAGCACGAGUUCGCACUGCUGACGCUGAGCGACGGCGAACAGAGGGAGCUGUACGAGGCGGCGCGCGUCAUCCAGACCGCCUUCCACAGAUACAAGGGCCGCCGUUUGAAGGAGCAGCAGGAUAGGGCUGCAGCCGUCAUCCAGAGAUGUUACCGGAAGUAUAAGCAGCUAACAUGGAUAGCGCUGAAGUACGCCCUGUACAAGAAGAUGACGCAGGCGGCCAUCUUGAUCCAGAGCAAGUUCCGCAGCUACUACGAGCAGAAGAAGUUCCAGCAGUCCCGGCGGGCGGCCGUGCUCAUCCAGCAGUACUACCGCAGCUACAAGGGGUACGAGCAGCUCAAGCAGGGAUCCCGAGGACCGGGCGCCCUCAACCCCAAGAUCAAGGGAUCGUUCCUGACCAAGAAGCAGGAUCAGGCAGCUCGCAAGAUCAUGAGAUUCCUCCGACGUUGUCGGCACCGGAUCAAGGAGCUGAAGCAGAGCAAGGAGUUGGAGAGAAUGCAGAAGAGAGGCCUUACCACUUAGUAACACCCACACACACGCAUCCACAUGUGCAGAGGCCUUAAUAUUUCAUCACACACAUUUAUAGAGGCCUUACUACUUAGGAUAGCGUACAACUAUACACGAGGCCUUAGCAAUUACGGAUCUGACAUACGUACGCAUUCACUCACACACACAUACACACAGUCUACAUCCGGGGGCUCAAAGUACUGGCCCACAGAGCGGAACCGAGCCCCAAGAUGGUAUUUUAUGGUCCGAGACAUGUGAUUCAUUCUUUAUUAAAUCUGGCCAGCAGAUCAAUCGAUCAUUUUCCACAGAGUAUAUAAAAUGAUAUAGCGACACUCUGCAAAUCAACACUGCUGUCACCGACCCCCCCCCCCCCCCCCCCCCCCCCACCGGUCAGGACAGGUUUCACUGCCCACACCGACUCUUCACCAGGGCUUUGCUGGGUCUGUUCCAGUUUCUGAUUACCAUCUGUAAUGGUGACUACAAACACUCCACAGCUGGAGUAAAACAACUCGUUCAAUUUGUAUCAUUAGUUCUCAGUAAUGCUAAUUAGCAUUCAGGAAUGUUGUGCAAAAUGUUACAACAAUAAUUGUAUUCUUUAAUUUCUAAAUCUAAUCUAAUGACUUAAAAUAUUUUUAAUGUUUUACCAAAAAUGGAACAAAUUGCAAGAUGUGUGCAUCCCAAAGAUAAUUUCCAUUGUUCCUUACUUUGCCUUUCUGUUUUUAACGGUUCUUCUGUACAGUCUAGUGCAUUUUAAUUGCGCACCAGCUAAAUUUUAAGGGUGGUCUACAGUCCCCGAAUGACCCCGAGCUAAGAGCCAAAUCACAAUCACUGCCGCGCCGUAAGGACCCGGAAUGCGUGUAAUCGAGGCUGAUGAAACUCCAGCGGAAUUAUUAUUCGGAGCUCCGGCGCUCAAGAUCCAGCAGGAUUUAUGGACCAAGCGGAGCCAAACUUAUUUCGAGACCCAUUUUUCAUCCGUUUUAUCAGCCGAUAAGCGUGUGAGAUGCCGGUUCUUGAGGUGAACUGGAGACACCUAGCGACUCACGUCCGCUUAACGCGGAGAGAUAACGCCCUUUUGGGGGACUUGCGAAAAUACGUCAACGGUGUUGCUGCCGUCAAACACUCGCAUGGAAAAUUUUAUCACAUUUUCACUAUAACAGUGCCGUAGGGAAGAAUUGUUUUUAGAGAAUCGGCUUUUAAUGGAUUAGAAGCUCCUUCCAUUUUAAUACUUUCGCCAGCUUACAUUUAAUACCUACAGAGUUUAAAAUGGAGUUUUCAUUUCAGUUUGUUUUUAUGAUGUGUGUGAAUAUAACUACUUAAAAAUAACCAGAAAAUUAUGUUAUUUCAGAGGUUAGAUGCUAAAUCUCGAGGGUCAUUUUUUUGUUUGUUUAAUUGUACUGAAAAUUACAGAAAUUUGAUCUAAAAUGACAAAUUCAGUUGUUUAAUUACCAUUUAAUUUUUUUUAUCAUGACAGAGUUGUAAUGUUAAAAACAUAUAAACUGGAAUGGUAAUUUUAAAAACCAAUUUAGAAUUUCCCCGCGUUGUGAAUUCAGGUUAGUUUUACAAUCAACCAAUGUAUUAAUAUGGUUUACAAUCCGCGCAUAUGAGAAUCUUGGAGCUAUUCGGCCAAAAAUGAGAAAUAGUGUUGUAUAGUAGAUAGUAGUUGGACUUAAUGAUUGUAUCAGGACUGAAAUAUAACCAAUAUGCAUUAAAUGUAAAUAGGCCUACUGUUUUAAAAACCGAUCGUAUAUUUAAUGCACUAAACGUGGUCGCACGGCUUGGUUUCAUACUACUGAUUAUACCGAUGAUUCGUGGUUUUUCCGAACGAGUUUGGUUUGUACAGCCGGCAAAUACUUUACUACUACUCUGAAUAUUUAUGACGCAUUUUUUUUGUUUAGUUAUUUUCCCCAAUACUACCGAUUUGUUUAUUGACUUUUUCGUAGACGUCUAAGUUGUUUGAAAAUUAUAAUAAAUACGUACUGAAUAUUAA